UUCUAAGGUCACGAGUUUAAUGAUUUGUCUAUAAAUUUGUCUGUGCCUGUAUAAAAACUAUUCGUUACUAUUUUUGUUGCUAGAUAAACAAUAAUGGCGUCCAACAGGUGCUUCUGCAGCAAUUUUUGACAAGUUUGCUCGGCAUUAAAAAGAAGACAUAAUGGGAGCUAAGAAGAAGGGAGGAAAGAAAGGAAAGAAGGGAGGCAAGAAGGGGAAGAAGGGAAAGAAGUCCAAGGAGCCUCAGAUGACAGCGAAAGAGGCCAUACUGGCGUAUCAAAUUAAUGUUAUUGAAAAGAAGUUGGAAGACGUGAUGUAUGAAACACGAGGAUGGGAGGAGAAAAAUAAACGUCAUCAAGAAAGGAAUGACAAAUUGAAGGAGGAACAAGAGUUACUAAUCAAACACUUACUGAAGCAGGCCAAGGAUACAGACAAGCUGUUUGCUGGAGAAGAAGUAAAACACAAAGAUGAUGUGAUUGUAGCCAUGCAUGAUAAAUGGGAUAAAGAGAGAAAUAGAGGAAAACAAAUAGAAGAACUGAAAAAAGUAAUAGCAGAGACUGAAGCCGAAAUAGCAAAGCAAGCAAAACAAGUGGAUUACUGGACCAAGUAUAAAGACACUGGCCAGCAUGAUCAUGCUACUUUGGUCAGGACACUGGAACAGGAAGUGGACGAUAUGAGCACAAGCUUCAAUGAAAUGAAAGAACCUAGACAAAUAGCAAUUUAUCACAGUCACUUGGACAGCAGCCUUGCAAAAACUAAAGAUGAGAUAGAGAAAUAUACAGAAGAGAAAGUAGACCAACAGAAACACAGGGCCUCAGAGAAAGCAAUAAAUCAGAUGGACAAACAUAGUCGACAAGAAGUAUUGGACAAUGAUUGGUUGAAAAGAGAGGUUCAGAUACAUAGAAGGGAGACAGAGGACCUUAUAAAGGAGGUAGAAGAUAUAGAGCGUGGAAAUCUAGAAAUAAUGGCUGAGUUGUUUGAAUGCAAGAUUGAAGACUUGAAAAUAUCCAGGAACUUUUACCUGACACAGUUUGGUGAAGGUGAGAAUCUGGAUGAAGAUGGUAUACUGGAGAUGGACCUAAAACAGUUAUCUAUAGAGCAAUCAGGAGGGGACCAGGCUAGUAUAGAGCGGCCAAUGAGUGCUACACAUCGAGCUGUACAGGACAAGGUGUUUUCUUUGGUUCAAGCUUCUAUACAAGAGGACGAGGAAAGUGAAACCUCAGUGUCUGAUGACGAUACUGAAAGUGUUGACACUGAUUUAUUAGACAAUAUGUUCUAUGAAGAAGAAAACUGGGGCGAUUACCUACAGCUUGGUCCUCUGGAACUAAAGUUGCUGAAUGUAACUGGGCAACAAAUGCCUAUUCAUAUACCUCGACAGCUGGAUGAGGAGGAGCUAAAAGUUAAAGACUGUAAUCCUGAUCAGUGGCCUGUAACACAACCUAUGCUUAAAGACAUAAUCUCACCCAGACCUGGGGUCACUACUUGAUCUUGUUCAUACCAGAUACUGUUGAUGGAAUACUAUCUUUAAAAUGAGAUAAAACAUUUAUUGAUAAAGAUUAAAGAGGUCAACAUAUGCUGAAUUCAUGCAGUUACCUGACCGGAGAUUUUUUCAAUAUCUUAGUUAUUGUUUAAACAUUUUGUUGUUUUUUACUUGGGAAAAGCACUGAAUACAAACAAUCCUACAACUAACACAAGUUAUUAAUUUCUAAAAUUGUUGGUGGGCUUAAAAUAGUAUUGAAAUUAAACUUUUAUAAUAUCUGUAAGGCUUAUAUCAGUUUUUUUUAUUUGAAUAAACUUUACAGUAACCAUAAUUCUGUAAGUGGAAAAGAGUCUGAAUAAGGAAAGAAAUAAAUUAUGCAUAUAAAUGUAGUUAUGGAUGAAAGUGUUUCCGGUUGGGAGUGAUUCAGUGUGACCAAACUACUUUGCUUUUCAAUAUUGUAUUCCUGUAACACUGAAUAUGUAUAUCUUGAUAUUGUGUUUUUUUCUCCAUUCAUCGCAAAUUAAAAUAUUUUUUUUGUCCAAAAAUUUCAAAUGUACUUAGUACUUUGGUACAAUGUGGUCUCAGUUCUAUAGUGAAGCUGCCAGAGUUGACAUGGCCCUCCUUUUAUGAUGUGUUGAUGAUUUAAAGAUUUCCACUCUAUCACACUACAUUAUAAUAUUUACUGACACGGUUGAAACAUUGUCUGCAUAGUAAGUUGUUUUGCUGUAAUAAAAGUGCAUUUAUAAUUUUA